CGACUUCCUUAAGAGACAAUCGAAAGUGUGGAGGUUGAACGAGUGGCAGAAAAACAAAUAUUUCAGCUUUAUUUAAACCUCAAAGUUAACCUCAUGUAGUCAAGUUUUAACUCGGGUUCUGAUAUUCUCUGAAAAUACCAACAAACUCAGACUUUUAAAAGAGUCAGAUCAGCAGAAACAAAAACACGGAAAUGUUUCCUGUAACUGCGUCGCUCUGCUCGACUUUGCUGUUUGUCCGUUUCGUCGUGUUUGUCUCUGCAGACCAGAAAACCAUCACAGCUGAGCCUGGACAGAACGCCACUUUGACAUGUCGAGAUCCAAACAACAGCAGCAGCAUCACCGGUGUAGAGUGGAGCAGGGCUGACCUGGGAGAUGAAUAUGUCCUUUUGUAUCGGGAUGGGCGGUUCGAUCUAGAAAACCAGCAUCCAUCUUAUAAGAACCGGGUGGAUCUGCAGGACAGACAGAUGAAGGAUGGAGACGUGUCUUUGAUUCUGAAGGAUGUGACGACUAAUGAUGCUGGAGCAUACGAGUGCCGUGUCAAGACAGGAACAAACAUAAGGAAAAGAGCAAAUCUGGAUGGUGACCCCAUCAGCAUCAUCACACUGAGUGUUGUUGAUCCUCCAGACCAAAAGAUCAUCACAGCUCAAUCUGGACAGAAUGUCACUCUGCCAUGUCGAGCUCCAAACAACAACAUCAUCUUAGGUGUAGAGUGGAGCAGAGCUGACCUGGGAGAUGAAUAUGUGCUUUUUUACAGAGAUGACCAGCUUGAUCCAGACAACCAGCAUCCAUCUUUUAAGAACCGGGUGGAUCUAAAGGACAGACAGAUGAAGGAUGGAGACGUGUCUCUGGUUCUGAAGAAUGUGAUGAUUAAUGACACUGGAACAUACGAGUGUGAGGCCUUCAUUAGAGGAACAAACGUGAGGAAGAGAGCCAAUCUAGUUGGUGAACCCAUCAGUAUCGUCACACUGAGAGUUGUUGUUCCUCCAGGUGAGUGA